AUGAAAACAUUGGAGGAGAUAGCAUGGUGCCAUGAGUUAUUGGUUGUCGUGGAGGGUCAAUCGACGUGUUUCGCAAGCAUCUCUUAUUGCAUGUUCAUUCUGGUCAGGGUCUGGCUACCAGCCUUCUAUUUGCAAACGGGCUCUGACAAUAUUGCCUGGAAGGCUGGAACACCAUGGAUGAGUUUCGACCCAGGGGUGAACUUGGUUGAGUUGACGUUUCUCACCCUCCCCGACACGAUUCAGAUCCAGCACCCUGUAACUGCUUGUCCAACAUCGGAAUUAUGUAGCUUGCUCUUGGUCUCAUGGCCUACAGAACUUGCAGAUUUGGACGACGGCUCAAACAACGAGUUGUCGGUAUACCGUCAUCGUCGUCGUUUAAAGAAAUACGGGAUUGAUCAGAAGGCUCUCGCUACGCCCCAUCACUUCACUAUCCACAGUCCACAGAUCUACUCUCAUUGGGGGUUUGGUCUCUGCCAUGUUAUAAAGACUUAUGUGUAUUUCAUGUACUACUCUGAGGAUACCUCGACCGUGAAGUUCCUGGUCGCUGCCAUAUGUGGGUAUUUGGUGGUAGUUCUGGUGAAUUUGCUUGUGGUUUCCAUAGUUCAAUGUAGAGCGAAUGCUACUAGCUUCUUCGCACAUAAAAUAUAUUACCUUUGUCGCCCUCAAGUGAAGUGGUUGGUGACAGCCCCAAUUAUAUCGUCCAGUGACAUGGUUGCGAUAGCUACUAUUAGUACUGGUUCACUUCGGUUCAUCGAUGACACGAUCAAUGUCACACAGAUUAGGUUUUCCAUUGUAAUACCCUUGGCGGCGACCCUCAUACUUUCUGAGAGUCUGAUUACGGUGUCACUCUGCAUACUUUUGCGUGACAGUGGUUCUCGCUCUGCAUUUUCAGGAACGAAGCGUCUUUUGAACACGCUUAUCAUUUAUGCUAUUAACCGGGGUUUGCUGACUUUACUAGUCACCAUUGUAGAGCUUACCAUGAGCAUUGAUCAUCGAGAUACAUUGGCAAUGGGAUUGGACUUCAUCAUUGGAAAAUCAUCGUUGAAUACCCGACAAUACCUGCAAUCUCGGGUUUUGGGUUCUGGGCCAAACGAACGCAUUAAUGCUGUCCACUUGGUGAAGCUGCCGAAACUUUCAGAAGAAAGAGAACAUCACGUGCAUGCAUGA